AAUCGCGGAUUUGCACUUCAUAUUAAUCAAUGAUUAGGCGGAACUAUCAAAACCGAAAGUAUUUGGCGGACGCAAUUGGCUGACGGAGCUUGCCGAAGGAAUACGGAAAGUGCCGAGUCAACGCGGAAGACAGAAAAACUCACAUGGCAGAUGCAGGCAGACAAGCGCUGAAAGCUGAAGAACGCGAUCGCUGCAUUAAUAAACACUUGCGAUUGCAAGCUUAAAGUUUAAAGCUGCAGUGAGUGAGAAAGGGGAAGCACAUCAGCACUUAGUCAUCUCAGGGACACUGAUGGUUAUCAACCUAUUGCUGCCUAUUCGGAAAAAUUGAAAAUACAAAUGCUGAAAACAGUUUUGGAGUUGUUCCCUGUGUCCCCUGUUAUUGGCUGAAGCUUUUUCGAGUUAAUAGCAGAUACUGAUGUGUGAAACCCAUAAUAACUCGACAGUUGAUAACCAAGAGUGUAGCAGCUGGACAUAAAGAUCAACGGCUUUGUGACGUCCAAAGACAUAGUUCUGCUGACACGAAGUUAAAGAAAAUUCAAGGAAAAUGGCUGAAGAAGCAUUAGGAAAAUCAGUUAAGCAGCUGAAAAAGGAAAGAACCACUGCUAAAAGCAGCUUCACCAAACAAGCUAACUUUCUCUGUAGAGAAGCACACCGACUUAUAGAAUCAGAGCUAAAAGAAGAAUUCAAAAAGCUUUCUUCUGGAGCAAGAAAAGUUUUUGAAACUAAUGAUGACUAUAAAGCUGGAUUAAUAGCAGAGAUUGAAGCUAAUGAAGAUGAUACAGAGGUACAACUUUCAGCACAGCAGGAAGCUGACUUUAAAAAAGCUGUAGAAGACUGUAACGCAAAGUUUGACGAAGUAACUGAGAUAGUACAAGAUAAUCUCUGGAAAAGAUAUGGACAAAGUGAUGUGUUAACCACAAUUUCAACAGCUGAGAAAGCCUGUGAUCGUACGGCCGCUAUGCCUGUCGAUGGCUCUGGAUAUGAAAGUUAUGAAGUACAACUGGAGCUCUUGAUGAGACUGGUGAAAGAAGCAACUGGAGCUUUGCUGAAAUGGGAAAGAUGGAUUCCCGCACCUGAAAGAAAGGAUCUUGAAAGUCAUGUUCGCAAACUGAAAGAGUGUAGCAAUGAGCUCGAAUCAAGGAAAGCUGAAUUCGCUUGGGCCCGAAGAGCUGCUGAGGAUGCACAAGCAUUAGACACGAGUAUGACAAACAAUCCAAACAUAAUGGUACCUGCAGGACAGAUCAUGCCAGUGGUAAAAAUUAAACCAACAAGUCUACCUAAAUUCAGUGGUAAUAAAAGAGAUUACUAUCGUUGGAAGAGAGACUGGGAAAAUCUCCAGAAGCAAGGUGAGCCCACUGGAUCUGUUGAAGUGAAAAAGAUUCAGCUAGUGGAUAGCGUGGAUGAAAAGAUCGCAAAAGAGCUCAGGUUAUCUUCCUACAACACUGCUGCUGACAUAUUCAGGGUGUUAGACAACAGAUAUGGUAACAAAAUCACAAUUGCCAUGGAAAUUGUGGAGGAACUGGAGAGAAUGCCAGCUUUGAGAGGAAAUCAACCAAGAAGGGUUAUAGAAUUAAUCCAAAUGGUGGAAAAAGCCCUGGCUGAUCUCACAGAUCUCGGAAACGUUGGUGCAAUAAAGAAUCCCCUUGUGAUAAAAUCCAUUGAAAGCAAGUUACCGGAACUUGUGAAACGAGACUGGCUCGUCUAUAUGACAGAUCCUACAAAUAACAUCACACCAGACAAACACUUUGAUGAGCUGUUACAAUUCCUUCAGAAACAAGAGGAAGUCCUUGAAAGGCUAGAACAACUUAAAAUCUCAGAAAGAAUUGAAAAACCAGAGAAAAAGUUUGAAAGGAACUAUGCUUUUACUAGAACAACAAAGAAAGACUCCAUAGAAGCUGGGUGCAUCGUAUGCGGGUCAGAGAAACAUAGAGACAGGAUUUUCUUCUGCAGAAAAUUCAAAGACUUGAAGCUGACAGAGAAGAAGUCUAUCAUCAGGAAACUAGGAGCAUGCAAAAAGUGCUUGGGAGUUCAUGAGGAUGACAACAGGUGCAGUGAUAACUACCUUUGCAGGAGCAAAGAUUGCAAAAGAGGAGACUUCUCAGACCACCAUUACUUCCUCUGUCCAAAAUGGGACCUCAAGAACCUGAAUGGAGGGAAAACUGUCAGUAAAGAUAGUAGAAAAGGAAGUGCAUUGACUAUGGAGCAGGAAAAUUUCCUGGCUGAACUGUCACCAGAAUUGGCAGAGAGGUGCAAAAAAGCAUUCACCAACAAAGUUAAGAUGAUAAACUGCUCAGGAAAUGACCAGCAGGGAUUGGUUGGCAAAAGUGGAUUAAAGGAGCUUCCUGUUAUUAUGAUGCUAAUGGAAGUAACCACGAAUGCAGGACAGAAGAUUGGUGCUUUGAUAGAUCUGGCUUCUGAUACAAACUACAUCACCCAUGAAGCUGCUGAAAGACUAAAGCUGAGAGGCGAAAAAAUCACUCUAGUGGUUCAUGGAGUUGGCAAGAUGGCGAUCAGAGUAAGCACAAAGAGAUACCUCCUGAGGAUUAGAGUCAAAACUCCUGAGGGGACAGUGAAAGCUCAUCAGUUGAUCUGCUAUGGCUUGGAAGAAAUUGCCAAAGUUCAUAGAAUUGUAAGUGAAGAGAAACUUAAAGAGUUCUUUCCAGAGGUGGACUUAAAAGAACUGAAAAGACCAGGAAAAAUAGAUCUUCUCAUCAGUCAUCGAGAGGGCAGACUUGCUCCACAAAGAGUGAAGAUUGUUGGGGAUCUUGUCCUGUGGGACAGCCCACUGGGGAAAACAGUGGCUGGAGCACAUCCUGAUCUGUUGGAGGUGGUGGAUAUGGCUGCAUAUGAGUCCAAAACACAUUUUGCUCGGUCCAUGAGAACAGCUGCAGCCAGGUAUGAAGAAAUCCUAGGAAAAGCAGAAAGACCAGCAAUCACUGUUGCAAUCCAAGAAGGACAGCGCCCGAGAAGUUCACUAGCAAGCAACCGGGAGUUUAUUGACUGGUGGAAAUGGGAUAGUAUUGGCACAGCGUGUGAGCCAAAAUGCGGAGGAUGUCGCUGUGGAAACUGCCAGCCUGGUGGGAAGGAGAUGACCCUAGCAGAAGAAAGGGAGCUAGAGAUCAUAAGAGCGGGUCUCACUUAUGUUGAAAAGGAUUCUCACAGCACAGCUCCACACUGGGAUACAAAGUAUCCAUGGAUUCAGGACCCAGCUACACUUCCGUACAACAAAAGUGGAGUAGAAGCUGCUUUCCUCAGAACAGAGAAGCAGCUAAAGAGAGUACCAGAAUGGCAAGACGUUUAUGCAACUCAAGUCCAUGAUAUGGUGAAAAGGGGUGCAGCAACAAAGCUUACUAAACAAGUUAUUGAGAAAUGGAAUGGACCUGUUUGGUAUGUUAGCCACCUAGUAGCACCAAAUCCACACUCAACUACUACGCCAGUGCGACUUGUCUGGAACAGUAGUCAGAAAUUCAAAGGGCUAAGCAUGAAUGAUCUUCUGUUGAAAGGACCAGAUGUACUCAACCCAAUCAGAGCUGUCUUGCUAAGAUUCAGGAAAGGAGUAUUUGCUGCUCUUGGAGACAUAAAAAAGAUGUACAAUUCCGUAUGGCUGGAAGAGCGUGAGGUUCAUCUUCACAGGUUUCUUUGGAGAGACACUCAAAAUGAGGAAAUAAGUGAGUACGCUAUCACCAGAGUUAACAUUGGAGAUCGUCCUGCUGGAUGCAUUGCACAGUUAGCAAUGCGUGAGACAGCCAGACUGGCAAAGUUUGCUCAUUUAAAAGAAGAAUGCAGAGUCCUUGAGGAGGACAGUUAUGUGGAUGACAUCCUUACAUCCCAUAAUUGCCAAGAGAGGCUGAAAGAAAUAACAAAUGGGCUAGAAGAGAUUCUAGCAGCUGGCGGAUUUGCACUGAAACCAUGGGUUCGGUCAGAGCAAAGUGGGAGGAAGCAAGCAGUUGAUCCAAAUCAAGUUCCUAAGGAAUCAAUCUCUCAAUCUAAAACAAUCAUACUACCAAACCAGCUAAGAGAUGAAGACAACAAGGCUUUAGGCACAGGGUACUUGGUAGAGGAGGAUAAGCUGUACAUCAUGGCUUCCAUUAAUUUCUCAGUGAGAAAGAAGAAAAUGAGAACAGGUCAGAACCUCUUGAAAAGUGAGGUGAGACUGAGAACACCAAAUCCUUUGACCAGAAGGCACCUGCUAAGCCAAGUUGCUGGCCUCUAUGAUCCAAUUGGUCUUGUUACCCCUGCCAAGCAGAAAGGUGCUAUUCUUGUCAGAAAAGCUUUCCAGGAGACAGGAAAGGGAAGUCUAACCCGUGAGACAUGGGACACGCCACUUUCUGAAAACCUCAGGGAAGAAGCCAUCAGAUUGUUUGAGGAGUAUGUACAGCUUAAUCAGGUCAAGUUCCACAGAAGUCUCACACCUCCUGGCUGGAAAGGAAAACCCUGGGGAAUCACUUUUUCAGAUGGUAGUGAUAAAACAUAUGGAGCUGUAUUGUACCUAAGAUGGAAUACAGACCAGGGGAUAGACGUCAGACUAGUUGAAUCCAAAGCAAAACUAACACCACUAGACCAGAAAGGAGAUGCUGUGAAGGCUGAAAUCUGCGGUGCAGUUUUCGCUGCACGUCUCAGAAAAUACUUUGAAAAGCAUGGACGGAUGGAAGUGGAGCGUUGGUUUCACCUGGUAGACAGUCAAACCGUGCUGGGGGCCAUUCAGCGGGACAGCUAUGGCUACCAAACCUUCUUUGCAAACAGAGUUGGAGAAAUCCAAAAGUCUGGAUCAGUCAGUGACUGGUGGUGGAUCCCAGCGGACUUUAAUAUCGCUGACAUCAUUACUAGAGGAGGCACUCCUGAAGAUCUUGCUGAAGAGUCCGAAUGGCAGGAGGGACCACAAUUCCUCAGACUUUCAGUAGAGGAGUGGCCAAAGAAAUCAGCUGCAGAGGUUGCUGCUGAUGCAAAGGAGAAUGUUAACAAACUUCAAAGGAAAACGUUCUCAGCAGUUCUGACAAGAUCUCAAACAAAGGAGAACCUGACAGAAGCAGAGAAAGAAAUUCCUGAAGUUUCAGUCCUUGAGGAUUCCGUCAAUGUUGUUUCCGACUUUGACAUCUGUAAGAAUGCAAAAAGACCAAACUUGCCAAAAGGAACACCUGGUGACUUAAUUAUUAAGAAACUAGUGAAUGUGGAAAAGUACAGCAAUUUAAGUAAAAUAGUCAGAGUCGUCUGCUGGGUUUGGCGUGCUGUAAAAAAGUGGCUAGGAUUCAGGGAUCAAGACUCAAUAGAGGGGAAUAGAAAAGAAGUGUUGCAAAACAAGAUCAAGCAAACAAUGCUCACUGUGAAAGAGGAAGAAUAUAUUCUGAAAGAACUCUUUCUGGCAGCCCAACAGGGUGUGACUUUUCCUGACACUACACUUAGCAGACUGGCUGUGUAUAGAGAGGACUCAGGACUCUUGGUUUGUGGUGGAAGAAUCCAGAUCUUUAAUGAAGAAAAGAUUGCAGUCCCAAUUUUACCUUGCAGUGCAUGGGUGUCCAUGUUACUAGCCCAAGAAGCCCACAAUGCAAAUCAUGAAGAGGUAGCAGGAACACUUCUAAGAAUGAGGAAAAAGGCGUGGGUGAUUAAAGGUCGGAGACUAGCCAAGAAAGUAGUAGACAGCUGCGUGAUCUGCAGGAAGGCAAGAGCAAAGAGAUGUGAGCAAAUCAUGGCAGACCUUCCUCCUGAAAGGACAGAGCCAGCAGCACCCUUUGCAUACACAACUUUAGACCUGUUUGGACCAUACACAGUAAAGGACGAAGUUAGAAAAAGAAUACAUCUCAAAGUUUGGGGAAUCGUUUACUGCUGUAUGGCAUCCAGGGCGAUACACACUGACAUUGUGAGUGACCAGUCUGCUGAAGGGUUUAUGCUAGCCUACCAAAGAUUCACAGCUCUGAGGGGUCAUCCGAGGAAAUUAUGGUCCGACCCAGGCUCAAAUUUCAUCGGAGCUAAGCCUGCUCUCACGGAACUCUACAAGUUCCUGGACAAGUUGGAAACAUCUGAGUUAGAGAGAGAAGCUGCUAAACACGGAACUGAAUGGGUUUGGAAGAUCCAUCCUGCAAGUUCUCCUCACAGAAAUGGUGCAGCAGAGGCCGCUGUUCGCAUAGUAAAGCGAGCCCUUCACAACUUGGGAGGUAAUGGUGUUUUCACUUGGAGCGAGUUCCAGACCUUCCUUUAUAUGGCAGCUAACCUGGCCAAUGAGAGACCCAUUGAUGCAAGGACUCAAAGCAGAGAGGAUUGUGUAGAGUAUGUCACUCCCAACUCUCUCCUGUUAGGAAGAUCUGGACCAAAGGGAGACCCAGGUGACUUUGAUUUUGUUGACUAUCCUUAUAAAAGAUUAAAAGUCAUUCAAGGGGAAGUUAACAAGUUCUGGAGGAAAUGGAGUCAGUUAGCAGGCCCAAACUUAUUUGUAAGAAAUAAGUGGCACACCAAGGAACGGAAUGUUGCUGUUGGAGAUAUCGUCUGGUUAGCAGACCAAAAUGCUCUGAGGAGUCAGUACAAGUUGGCCAGAGUCAUUCAAGUCAAUGCUGAUGACAAAGGUAUUGUCAGAGAUGUGAAUGUUAAAGUCUUCACAAGCUAUCCAGUCUCAAAUGUAAAGCCUGCUAAAGCCAAAGCCACAGCCAAAAAGUUGACUGACAGAAUCCCUGCAACUAUCCUCCACAGAGACGUUAGACGUUUAGUCGUCUUAAUACCUAUAGAGGAACAGCACUAAACACGCACUUAAUUCUGUGAACAACUUGGGUUCAAAGAACCAGUAGUUCAAGUGGGAGGUGUAAAGUCAAAUCGCGGAUUUGCACUUCAUAUUAAUCAAUGAUUAGGCGGAACUAUCAAAACCGAAAGUAUUUGGCGGACGCAAUUGGCUGACGGAGCUUGCCGAAGGAAUACGGAAAGUGCCGAGUCAACGCGGAAGACAGAAAAACUCACAUGGCAGAUGCAGGCAGACAAGCGCUGAAAGCUGAAGAACGCGAUCGCUGCAUUAAUAAACACUUGCGAUUGCAAGCUUAAAGUUUAAAGCUGCAGUGAGUGAGAAAGGGGAAGCACAUCAGCACUUAGUCAUCUCAGGGACACUGAUGGUAUGAGAAAUGACUUUUUCCUAAUUACAAAGGACUGUCAUAUGCAUCGUCUUAUUUCUAAUUAUGUGCAAUAUAAAACAUAACUUCUAUUUUGUUGCACUGUAGUUGAUUAUUUUGUGCAUUAUAGUAAUUUGUGCACAAUAUUCUGUUAAUUAUACUGUUCAUUUGUUUAAAUAGUUCCUGUUAAAGUGAAAUGCUUGCAUUAAUACUGCAAAUAUGACUUGAAUAUGCAAAUUAUCGGACACUGAGAAAGUUUGCAAAGUAAAUGUCUUUAUUUAUAUUAUUUUGUGUUCUGUUUAAG